AUGUCGUGGCUCUUCGGCAUCAAGGGUUCCAAGGGCGAAGGCACGGGGCCACCUCUGCCCUUGCCGCCCGUACAGCCCGGGGGCGAAGGCAGCGGAGACCGCGGCACGGGGGACCGGCCGGGGCCCAAGGACAAAUGGAGCAACUUCGACCCGACGGGCCUGGAGCGCGCGGCCAAGGCGGCGCGAGAGCUGGAGCACUCGCGACACGCCAAAGAGGCACUGAGUCUGGCUCAGAUGCAGGAGCAAACACUUCAGCUGGAGCAUCAGGCCAAGCUCAAGGAGUACGAGGCCGCAGUAGAGCAGCUGAAGGGCGAUCAGAUCCGAGUGCAGGCUGAGGAGCGGAGGAAGACCCUGAGUGAGGAGACGCGGCAGCACCAGGCCAGGGCCCAGUACCAGGACAAGCUGGCCCGGCAGCGCUAUGAGGACCAGCUAAAGCAGCAGCAACUUCUCAAUGAGGAGAAUUUACGGAAGCAAGAGGAAUCUGUGCAGAAGCAGGAGGCCCUGCGGCGAGCCACCGUGGAGCGGGAGAUGGAGUUGCGGCACAAGAAUGAGAUGCUGCGGGUGGAGGCCGAGGCGCGUGCCCGGGCCAAGGCUGAGCGCGAGAACGCCGAUAUCAUCCGUGAGCAAAUCCGCCUGAAGGCCGCUGAGCACCGCCAGACCAUCCUAGAGUCCAUCAGGACAGCAGGCACCCUGUUUGGUGAAGGGUUCCGUGCCUUUGUGACAGACUGGGACAAAGUGACAGCCACGGUGGCCGGGCUGACACUGCUGGCUGUUGGGAUCUAUUCUGCCAAGAACGCCACGUCCGUCGCAGGGCGGUACUUUGAGGCCCGGCUGGGGAAGCCGUCCCUGGUGCGGGAGACGUCUCGCAUCACAAUGCUGGAGGCGCUGAGGCACCCCAUACAGGUCAGCAGGCGCCUCCUCAGUAAACCUCAGGAUGCGUUGGAGGGCGUCGUCCUCAGCCCCAGCCUGGAGGCUCGCGUGCGGGACAUCGCCAUCGCCACAAGGAACACCAAGAAGAACAGAAGUCUGUACCGAAAUGUCCUGAUGUAUGGGCCACCCGGGACUGGCAAAACGCUGUUUGCCAAGAAACUGGCGCUGCACUCCGGUAUGGACUACGCCAUCAUGACGGGCGGGGAUGUGGCCCCCAUGGGGCGGGACGGCGUGACGGCCAUGCACAAGGUCUUCGACUGGGCCAGCACCAGCCGGCGAGGCCUCCUGCUCUUUGUGGACGAAGCAGAUGCCUUUCUCAGGAAGCGAGCGACUGAGAAGAUCAGUGAAGACCUCAGGGCCACCCUGAAUGCCUUCCUGCACCGCACGGGCCAGCACAGCAGCAAGUUCAUGCUGGUCCUGGCCAGCAACCAGCCCGAGCAGUUUGACUGGGCCAUCAACGACCGUAUCGAUGAGAUGGUCAGCUUUGAGCUACCACAGCGGGAGGAGCGGGAGCGCCUGGUGAGAAUGUAUUUUGACAAGUAUGUUCUUAAACCAGCUACAGAAGGAAAGCAGCGCUUGAAGCUGGCCCAGUUUGACUACGGAAAGAAGUGCUCGGAGAUUGCACAGCUGACGGAGGGCAUGUCAGGCCGGGAGAUCUCUCAGCUCGCCGUGGCAUGGCAGGCCAUGGCAUAUGCCUCUGAGGAUGGGGUCCUCACUGAGGCCAUGAUGGACGCCCGGGUUCAGGAUGCCAUCCAGCAACACAGGCAGAAGAUGCAGUGGCUGAAGGCAGAGGGGAGCCAGCGGCCAGCCCUGCACACACAAGCUGAAUGA